UUUUAUGUGUAAAACAGCUGAAACGGAAAUGUCCAGCCUCAUGCUUCAUCAUUCUUUGGGAUGGACCACCCCCUUUCUCCCCCUGGCGUCCCUCCUCCUCCAGUUUGGAGGGCUUUUCUCUCGUGUUGGUGGCUCCUCUGGCCGGUUCCGCGCCUCCAGACUGUAAGCUCGGCGCUUUCCCUGCUUCUGACCCGUUUGGGGUGAAGUUUCCUUGUUCCUGGAGACUUUCCCAGAGGAGAUUCCUGCUGGAGUACCAGUUUGAACAGACUUCAUAAAAGCUCUUAGAACCAGAAACUUGGAAUUUGAGGCCGUAUUUUUUUACUGGCUUGUAUAAGUGGAAAUGGCUGGAUUGUUUCCCACCGCCUCCUCUCACGGUUUGACCCCGCGCUCCAGAUAGACGAUGGCGCCUCGACCCCUGUGGCUGAUCGGUCUGAGGCUGGUCGGUGUGUGGCUGUGCGGUCAACUCUUCACAAGUCCUCUUCUUCCUCGGCAGGGAGCGGCGGCUUGGAGCUCCGAACCCACCGCCGCCCAGAGCGCUGCGCAAAGCCACAGGUGGCGCAACAGCAGCGGAGAAACGCUCGAUCCCACGAGCCCGAGAUACAAUGUAACCAAGCUCACCCGACCUGCAUUUAAAGGUCUGACUACAGAGGAGGAUGAUGCGGGAGAAGGACGCAGACGCGCAGCAGGAGCGCAUCUGCGGGCCAAACGGGACGCAGCGGGGGCUCCGAUGGCGCAGGGGCAAGACCCUGGACCCCCCCUCGGCUUUAACCUCACCGACUAUGACGAUGACUACUUCAUGCCGGACGCGACGCCCUUUGUGCCCGUAGAUACGCGGGGCCGGCGCAAGCAGCUGAAGAACCCGUUCUACCCGGUCACCGCGGAGUCGUACGGAGCUUACGCGGUUCUGAUCGUGGCCGUCAUCAUCUUCAGCGCGGGGGUCGUCGGGAACGUGUCGGUCAUGUGCAUCGUCUGUCACAAUUACUACAUGAGGAGCAUCUCCAACUCGCUGCUGGCCAACCUGGCUCUCUGGGACUUCGUGAUCAUCUUCUUCUGCCUGCCGCUCGUGGUGUUUCACGCCCUCACCAAGAACUGGCUGCUGGGGGGGUUCUCCUGCAGGAUCGUCCCAUACCUGGAGGUAACUUCCCUUGGAGUGACCACAUUCACGCUGUGUGCUCUGUGCAUCGAUCGCUUUCGUGCAGCUGCCAAUGUAAAGAUGUACUAUGAGAUGAUAGAGAACUGGGUCUCAACCACAGCCAAGCUUGUUGUUAUCUGGGUGGGGGCUCUAUUACUGGCUCUGCCGGAGCUGUUGAUUGGACAGCUGGUAACGGAGGACGGGGACCCACCAGACGUGUCGGCCUGUGAGCGCUGUGUAGUUCGCAUUUCCACAGACCUCCCAGAUACUCUGUAUGUUUUGGGGUUAACCUAUAACAGCGCACGCCUCUGGUGGUACUUUGGUUGCUACUUCUGUCUGCCGACGCUGUUCACCAUCUUCAGCUCGCUGAUCACAGCCCGCAAAAUUAGGCUUGCCGAACGGACCUGUGUGCGAGGGAGCAAGAAGCAGAUCCAACUGGAAAGUCAGAUGAACUGUGCCGUGGUGGCUUUGGCGAUCCUCUAUGGCUUCUGCAUAAUCCCAGAGAAUGUUUGCAACAUAGUCAGCAUGUACAUGGCAGCCAGCAUCCCCAGGAGAUCCCUGGACACCUUGCAUCUGGUCAGCCAGUUGCUGCUCUUCUGCAAGUCUGCUGUAACACCAGUGCUGCUAUUCUGCCUGUGCCGGCCGUUCACCAAAGCCUUCAUGGAAUGCUGUUGUUGCUGCUGUGAGGAGUGCGGUCCGCCCCUCUUCCCUGCCACAGCCACCACUGACAAUGACCAUGCGUGCCCUUCCACUGAACUGGAACUGUCGCCAUUCAGUACCAUUCGCAGGGAGCCGUCCACUUCUGCCACAUACGCUGUUGUCGGGACACACUGCUGAGCCCAUAAGUCAACACUCUUUUAUAUAUACGUAUAUGUGAAUGAUGCAUUUAAAAUGUAGUGUAAAACUGUUUCUAUCAACUGAUAUGAGUUUCUGAAACAGCAUUCUGUCAGUUAUAGUUGUGAAAUCUUUUUUAUUUAAACUUUUUGUUAGUUUUAAUUCUUUUUUUUUAAAUUGAAGCUGUGAGUAAUCACAGCAUCUCAUAAUUUACCAAUUCAUUGUUUACAUGGACUGCAUUGAGAAUAGUGAAAGAACUGCUACAUUUCAUUUUUCAAGAUUUAUUACUGUAAUUUGCACCAUAAAAUGUUUUUAUCUGAAUUAGUUUAUUCUGCUUAACUACUGUCCUUGUAAAUAAAUUAUUGUUGUUUUGUUUUUCCCUAUUCUUUUUGUUUAUUUUUAUUUUUUUUAGCAACAAAUGAAGUGUUAAGCCAACAAAUAGCCACAAAUAAAGUUAAAUGCUUUGAAAAUAAGUCACUAAAGAUGACUGAAUAAAAUGGGUUAAGCACAAUAAUAAUAUUAUUUUUAUGUCUCAGAUUAGAAGCAAAUGUUGCAGUUCAUCAAAAGACCUCAGAAGGCUGGUGUCCCAAUAAACAUGUCUGCUAGUUGGUGAUGAA